AUGCAUUCAGAGUCAGUAAGACAAAAGGCUAUCAGAUAUAUAAACGAACUGCAGACUGAAGAGGAUGAUAAAUUUCUUCCGUAUAAAUAAGAAAGGGAUCAUGUUGGAUUACUAUUGAAUACCAAGAGAAAAUCUAAAUCGACUAACUAAUUGAUCCCUGGGGCUCGAAUCAAACAUGUUUAUAGUUUGGCAUCGAUCACCAAACAAUAACCAUCUUAAUCAAUGAAAUAGAAUGCUCUUUAGAAACACAAAAAAGAACGCAGUACUCAUAAUUUGGACUUGUCUCUUCUUGUGAACUUAUAGCCUCCCUCUCCAGAAGAACAGGUCAAAGCCAAGUAAUACAAGGAGAUGAUGGAAAAGAAAGCUCUUUUGGAAAUGUAUGAAAGGAAAAAAGAUACUAAAGUUAUGAGUCCUGUCUUGGAAUAGAUGAUUGAAAAACUCAAUUCAAGCAUCACACAAGAUAAGUUUGUUUGGAAGAUGAGUAACGUAGACAAGGGUAAAAAUCUGGGUUAUUUGUUUCACGAAUCUAAAUUAAGAAGGCACAAUCGCAAAGUGUAGAAAUUGCAGCCAUCUCUCCCUAAUUAUGAACCUAAUUACUAAGCAAUCCUCCCUAAAUCGAUAUCAAUUCUCAUUAAACCUAGUGAGAAACCUUCUUAUUCUCAACAAAUCUAAGAAUUCAUAAGAAAAAAUCAGUUAGACAAGGAUGCAGGCAAACAACCUCAGACUACUGUUUCCAAGAAGGAUAACACCUUAGAGAAAAUGUAUAGCAUCAUUUAGAAUCAAAUUACAAGGGAAGUUAAUUAGUCCCUUAUAUCUAAUCCUCAAUCGAUGAAUCCAUUGGAAGAGUUCAGUGCUAAGCCUAUUGAGGACACUUAUAUCUAGCAGUUUCAUUUAUAGGUGAAGUAAAAAAUGAAGGAAACCAAUAGGGCUAGAAAGAAUAUAUAAAAUAAAAUAUAAGAGUUUGAUUCUUAUUUAUAGAAACAUAAUUGA